AUGCCAAGCAAAGCAAAGCACGAGACGCGGAGCGGCGGCGUGCUGGUGCCUAGCUUAGCUGUUGCUCUGCCACUGUGGGAUGACGCGCAGCUACAACAUGAACAUUGGGGUGGCAGUCUCGGGCUACCGUCGCGACCCAUCGGCACCGUAGUGGAGUUUAGGAAUACAGAGGGCAAGAUUGUGGUGCCACAGGAUGAGGCGCAGGUUGAAGCAUUCAAGGAAGCCAUCGCAUAUGUUUAUCCUGCUACAACAGAAAUCUUUGUAGACUGGAAACGUCCUGCCAAUAUUUUUGCUCCAUUUCGUCCAAUGGUACACCGCAAUGCGACACCAUUCCUAUCUCCAUAUGACGCGGAGCGGACUGUCUAUGACGGCAAAGCUGCAGAGGAGGCUGCACAAGUGUCUGUUGCGCCUACCGGCAAAAAGGGUGAUGGCAAGUCUGUAGUUCCUCCUGUUCCUCUACACGUGCAGUUCCCAGAAAUUCUGCAAGUGUUGGAUCCACAGGAAAUUGAGGGCGCAGUGAAGGAAUGGGAAGAUGCUUCAAGUGAGAAGGUUAUUGGGCGCUAUCGCGAGAUUCAGCCUCUUAUGCAGGCAUACGACCCAGACCUGGAGUUGGGUUGCGCUUCCACGCCUGCAGAGGCGUGUGAAUUACGGUACACUACUGCGCAACGCCAUAGACUCAACGAAGUGGAUGCGAUUUCAAAGCUUUCAGAACCUCCCUUAUUUAUGAUGGAUGCCUUUAAUAGUGCCAUCACAUUUAUGGAACAUGCACAGUCAUAUGUUAAACAUGGUGAGUACCUCUGGGAAUUAGUGUAUCCACAUGCUCCGGGCACAUGUCACCCAGUGUAUAACCCGCACGGAAAAUACGUUGUUCGACUUUUUAUUGAUGGCGCCUUUCGUCGGGUUACAAUUGAUGACUAUUUGCCAGUAGAUGCCUUGGGUCGGCCUUUUUUAACCUUAACGUCACAGAAGGAAAUUUGGCCGGCUUUGUUGGCGAAGGCCAUCUUUCAGGCGUUGGGUGUAAACCGUCAUCUUUUAUUUACUGAUCCGGAAACCAUCAUUACGUGUUUGUGGGGAGAGUGGGUGCCGCAACGCGUUGACCCCCGCACUCAGCCUGCCUCGGCCUGUGCCUUCCUGUUGGCGUAUCGGAGAGACCUGGCAAAGAGCGACAGUAAUACAACACACUUUUCAGCCUCAAAUACGGAGGAAGCGGCGACGGUCGUCGUGCCAGAGAAAGGUGAACCAGUAAAGCAACAAAAGGCUGAGGUGAUUGACGACGGUGCUACAAAAAAAACCUCAGUGACGGAAUUUGAGGGGAUCACACACACCGAUGCCCCUGCGGAAGUGGUUGCAUCUGAUGAUGCAACAGCGCUUCCGCUCUGUGCGCUAGGCCCUGUGGAGGAUGGAAAACGAAGACUUUUUGUCAUCCAUGAAAUUCUCUUGUUUCGUGAUACUUUGGCAAUUCACGUCUCGUCCAAUUCUCCGGCCCAUACCCUCGUGUCAACAAUACUAUCGGAUACAAGUAAGGAUGAAAGUGUACAGAAUUUACUGCGUUUGCCAGCGUCUCAAGAGGGAGGGCAAAAAGUGUCUGAAGCUGUUUUGGCAAAUCAGUCCACCAUAUGGAUUACUUUUGAGGAGUUGUCUGCCCAAGUGGACCUUGUGGUGUGGCGAUAUUUGGGUGAGAAAAGCCCUUUCCACUUUUGUAACCGCCUUCUUGGAGGUGAGGAUGGAAUGUCGAUGCUAGUAAAUGCAAAGAAGAAGUCUGUGGCUUCCACAGGAGCAACCAGCUUUGUGAGUGGAGGGAAAAAAAAUAUUGUUCGUUGGAUUCACGUGAAUUCGGAUCAACCAGAGCAGCUGGCAUUUGUUAGCUUGUCGGCCUUCUCCCUUCCUGUGACUCCAUUGUUGCAAAACCGAAGUUUUCGGCACUCCACUGCUUCAGAAAGCCGACCACUCUCUGUGAAUUCGUUGGCCCUUUCAGUCGACAGCAGAACGCAACGAGAGACAACGCAGGAUAUGCUGAUCGAUCUCUACACUUGGGAACGUGGUGGCGCGUUGAGCCGAGUGGGAAGUUUUGCGUACGAAACCGGCAAAUUGCAGUGCAUGGUGCACUCCCUUCCGCCUGGUUCACAUAUUUUUUGCCUGACUCUUGUGGACCUUAAGCCUCAGCAUUUUCUUAGUUUACUCUCAACGCGGGAGUUAGUGGUGGGGGAGGAGAAGGACGCCCUUCGCUCCGCCAACAUCUUCAAAAUGAAGGAUGCAGGGAGUCAUAUGGGGGUGGAAAGAGCGAACGAGGAGGUGAUAUGGUUCAAACGCCUAAUCACCGUGAAGGAGCCGACUGUCGUCUCCUUUGUUGUCUCGACCCUUGACCCCAGUGAAGACCCUGCGGCCCAUCGUGAUGUUCCUGCCAGUUUGACGAAAGAAGUGAAAGGAGCAAAGGUGCGCCCGGUAAACACGAAAACGCCACAAAAAGAUUUUGCGGAGGGGGUCCCAGUAUGUGUCGUGGAUAUUCCUAUUAUUCCACAUUGCCAUAUUUUGUUAAUGAACCUCGACGAUGGUACAGUCCGUCCUGGUGUGGUGGGGCAUCUUAUGCGUCAACAGCUUGAGCCCAAUCAACAAGGAUAUUUGGUUAUGGCGUACGUGUUGAUUGACUCGAUGUCUGCGUUUUCCUUUAUAGAUAGUUCUAUGAGCGUGACGCUUGAACCUUGCGCGAAGAUGCGCGAAAGUUUGAAUUCUCUCACUUUGGAUGAGAAAGGGAAGACCAAUGCGCGUGAAAAGCCAUCGCUACUGUACGGUAAAGGGAAUUGGAAACUCACAAUGUCUGCGAAUCGAGGGUUUGAAUCAUACAAGACCAUUAUGCAUAACGUUUUUUCAUUUACAGAUAGGGGCCAAUUGAAGCGAGGUAGCAAUGCACUGCUUUUUGCUUACACGUGUUCCGUGGUGGAGCGAACAUACCUGACGUUGAUACUUGACCUUGACACACAAGACCCGAUUCCAUUUCAAGUCAAGGUGAUGCGCAACGGUGUGGAGGCACCUCCGGUGUUUGUUUCGGAGACCUGUACCAAGCACCUCUUUCUCCCACACGUUACACUUGUGAUGGGUGAAAAGGCAAGGUCUACUAGCUACGUUGUUGAAGCGUGGCUGGAUGAAACCAUGGUACAGGUGUGGGAGGAGAGGCGUCGUAUGGCACAAGAAAUGAAAUUUCAUUUGCUGCGCGCAGAUGCUGAACAAAAGGCCAUAGAAAGACGUGAACAUGAGCUUGAUGAAUACUACGCCGAUCCACGUGCUUUUCAGGAACGGUUGGAGCAUCCGAAUGUAACGCAGGUGGAGCCUGUCAAUAAUACCUUAUUGGUGCGAGAAGUGUCAGUGACAUCCACCAGGAGGGGACGCGUUUACGCUGACAAGCGGAAACACCCUGUGGCUACAUCGCCGCCUGAAAAGCUUGUAACUUCGGCUGCAGGCUCAUUGACAGCACCCAAUUCAGCUUUUUUUUUAAUAGAUAACGCGGACGGGGAGCUGAUUGUGAACUUCUUUUUGCGAUUGCAAUUUUCUUCAAAAGCGGAUGUCAAGAAUGGGGCUCCACAGAAGGACCCGUUGGCAACUCUGCGUGCGGGUUGGGUGCCACCGAUUGAGCAUGCUGUGGCGGAUCAAGGCGCUGGCGCCAUGCAGCGGGGCAUUGGAGUAAAAGGGAAGCAGCGAGAGGCGGUGUUGUCAGCGGAGGAUUUGCUGAAGGCUGAUCAAGGUCGCCUGAGUCGACAGCGUUUCCUAGAGAAUCCACGGAACAUUCUCUUCCCUUAUUUGACGUCUGAAGAAUGCUUGGCCCCAAUCAAGGAAUCCGCACGCGCAACUCCACCUAAGGAGCAAGUUCCAUUCCCUGGGACCGUAUCCCGCGUGGUGUUGGAUGUGUUGGAAGAGGCAAACUACCCGCAUGCGCCCAUUUUAAGUGAGUCAGAAUACCGUAUCAAGCUAGCUUCUCUCCGCGCUGUGGAAAUCGUGUCGCCUGUCAAUGUGAUACUCCCAGGGAGUGCUUCUGGUCCCGCACAACAACGGAUAAAAUCACCGGGUGAACGUUUUUCACCUCGCCAGGCAGCUUUGCCGGUGUCGACCUUCGUGUCCAACGCAGCAGCAGAGGAGGAUACAAAUAUUGCCGAAUUAAAAGCACCCUUGCAAGUUCUCUCCCGGCGACUGACAGAGGAUCUGAAACGAGAGCACGAGAAGAGGAUUGAGGGUCGAGAAGGUGCCAAGGAGAUCAUGCGUGAAUUCUGGGGGAUGCAGCAGCCUGGUGUUGCUCACGUUUCUCUGUUGGGUUACAAGGAGGAGGACUUUGCUAAGCGACAGAAGAGCCGCCAAAAAGGCUGA